AUGGCAUUAGACUUGGGCCAACGCUACCAGUCCACACGAGUCCCAGCAGUAGGGCGUGAGGGUUUAGUCGAGGGCCAUGUCUGGGUUCAAAACUUUGAAAACGUGGAAAAAAUACAAGUCACCUUAACUGGAGCAGUUACCUCAUAUUUCCUCGAGUUUGGAACGGCAAAUCGUCCACAGACCCGACGCUUGAUUCACCAAACCCAUGAACUGUGGUCAGAGCGAGGCCAUAACUCUACUACCAGUAAAGAAGGACGCUCGCUGGCCUUUGCGCUUGUAAUGCCAGAGCACAUUGAAAGCAUAGAGAGUGACCGCGGACGUUCAAUUCCUCUCCCUCCAUCAUCAUCCAUCAUAAUGUGCGAUGCUGGUGUCCACGUAGCAUAUGUGGUCCGUAUAGAUCUAUUUAGGAAAGGAUGGCGUACACAUGAUACCGUUAAGUCCGAGAUUUUGUAUCUACCACGCACGACUACACGAUAUUCUCGCCCUUAUCUUCCUCUUCCGAACAGCGAAAAACUACGUCCAACCCAAGCAGAAGAGUGGUCAGUGCUGCAUAUACCACAAAAAGCAAAGACCAAGCCCGGAGUUCCCCUUCCUGAACCUGGAUCCACCAGCAAGGUUCCCAGUCGACCCCACAUAUCUCUUCCCCAAUCCAUUAGAGACGACCUCAUUGUCCGCCUUUACCUUCCCCAUGGAUUACGCUAUCCAGCUGGAAGAGAAAUACUAUGGUCUCUGGCGAUUGGUUUCCCUCCGGUCGGUUCCUCGGCGUCUAGCGUACGAUCUGGAAGGUCUAGUUCUAGUGUGAGCGAUGAACAAAUCAACGCAAUUGUAGCGGGGGUCUCUCUUCGUCUUGUUUGCGUUUCUACAAUUGCCGUACGCGGAGUAGCGUCUCGACGAGAGCGAGUCGUCGCCGUAGGGAAAUCGUUUAUGAUUAUUCCAAAUAGCGUCAGCGACGAAGGGGAAAAAAGAGUUGUUAUAAGGGGAUACUUACAAUCUGGUGAGGAAGGGAAGGAUAUGAGUUGGGGAGUCCCUGGGUUUACCUCUGUUGUGUAUGAGAUACGAGUUUCAGUCAAGCCCGACGAGAGCGCCGGAUUGGAUGCACCGGCUUGGGAAUACUGCGAACGAAUAAUGAUAACUUCUUAUGAGGCAGACGGUGAAAUACAGAAUGCAGGUGUUCCUGCUUUACAGCUCCCUGGUGCCACCCGGAAUCCGCCCCCCUUCUACUUGAUGAGGUUGUAG